AUGCCCAGGAAAGCUCGCUUCAAGAAAGGCACAAGAGUCGAGCCACUGCGUCAGCAGCCUCCAGCUACACCUCCUGUGUCUUCACCAUCCGAUGACGAUGACUGGCUCAUCCCUCUGCCUCCCAACAUUGACCCGGAGGCGAACGAGGUAGAUUCGUUUGAGGAACAUAUUGACAGGAUGUUUGCUGCUUCUGAUGCUGCAAAGCGCAAACGACGAAAGACUACUGAGUUUUGGGAUGUUGAUCUCAUUGAUUCUGAAGGAAUAAUCAAACAAGCUAAAAUGAGUGUGAGAGAGGCUAUGGAGUGGUCUCUUAAUGGUAGCAAGAUCAUCCAGAGGUUCAAUGAGGAACUGCAAGCAGUCAAAGAUGGAGCUGGCCUGUUGAGUGGCAUUCUAGGAGCGCUGGGUUCUGAUUUCAGCAAAUUUCCUAUCUGUGAAAAGAGUUGGGCAAAGUCUUUGAAGGACACAAAGGGGAGGCUGUUUGACUCGCAUUACAAAGCAACAAGGACACUUGAGCAGCACCCGGAGAGAAUUCCUAGAGAGCAUUGGAAGUGUUUCAUUGAGUAUCCUAAUGAUCCUGCAACAAAGGCGAAUUGUAAGCAAAACGCGCUGAAUCGAAAGAAGCAACUUUACACGCACACUGGCGGAUCUAAAAGCAUGGCAAGGGCUAGGGAAGAAGAGUCACAACUACAAGGGAGGACUGUUGGUAGGGGAGAAGUAUGGAUCCUAAAGCACAAAAGAUCUGAUGGCAGCUAUAUACAUGAAGAAGCUCCGAGGAUUGGUGAAAAAAUAUCUGAGAUUGAGCAACUGGAUGAAUCUACAAGAAUAUUGUUAGAGAAUGAUUCUCUUGCCCAAGCUCUGGGCAAAGAGCACCCGAGUAGAGUGCGUGAGAUGGGACACGGGCCGACACCAAGUCAACUCUUCCGUCCGAGUUUACAGCCGCCGGUGGAUAGAACUCAAGUAGAAGAGACCCAAAGGAUGCUGUGUGAACUACAAGCGGAGGUGACGACCGAAAAAUUGAAGAGGAAAGCUUUGGAGGAUGAAUUAGCAGCAGAAAAGACGAAGAGGUAG